AUGUCCGAAGCACCCGAAACAUGGCCCCUCACCCCUCCUGAUUCCUCCGAUCCCCAAAUUAAAGAUGUCUCCUCAGUCAUCACAGCAAUCCACGUAAUAGCCACAGAGCGCGCAGCCCUCGCCCACCUCGAACACAUCUACCAGACCGAUGCGCGCGCGCAAACAGACCUCACCCGGGCCGUGGAUCGCAUCGCGGCCAGCGUGCGCGAUGGCGGAAAGCUAGUUGUCUGCGGCGUCGGCAAGAGUGGGAAGGUGGGACGCAAGAUCGAGGCGACGAUGAAUAGUCUGGGCGUGUACAGUGCGUUCCUGCAUCCGACCGAGGCCUUGCAUGGGGAUCUUGGAUUGGUUCGGCCCGUGAGUUCCGUGCAGCGUGCUUUUGUCCGGUCUUUUGGACCUCGGAGAGUUUCGACUAAUUGCUUCCAGAAUGAUACUAUGCUUUUGAUUUCGUUUUCGGGUCGCUCGCCGGAAGUAUUAGCUUUGUUGCCCCAUCUGCCGCAGACAGUGCCUGUUAUUGCGCUUACGUCUCAUAUGCAUCCUGAGUCAUGUCCGCUGCUUGCUUUGCAUGCGCCGCUGGGGAUGGGUAUACUGUUGCCGGCGCCGAUUCAUGAAGAUGAGGAGUCUUCGUUCGGGGUUAGUGCGCCUACGUCUUCGACGACGGUGGCGCUGUCGUUGGGCGAUGCUCUGGCUAUCGCUACUGCGCGCAAACUUCACACUGCAACGGGGAAAAGCCCUGCAGAGGUCUUUCGGGGAUUCCAUCCUGGUGGCGCUAUUGGAGCGGCGACAGCGGGCAACAUGCUACCUACCCCGUCCAGUGGUAUGUCAACGAGGACUUAUGACUCGCCUGCAUCUUCAGUCUCUCUCCUGUGGGAGGAUAUCAAUAAUGCCCCGCCAAUACCCCCCUUCAGCCUACAGUCCCCACCGACACAACGUCUCAUCCCUGAGAGUAUGAUUGUUCCUCUGCAGGCAAUUCCCACUGUCUCCCCCUCGGCUACCUCGAGUAGUGAGGUACGGCUUCUUGACAUUCUUCUCGCGGCCAUCCAGAACCCCAAUGCGAAAUCAUGGGUGUUCCUAUCACCGUCUGAGAUUAUCACCCCUCAACGAGUGCGUUCAUUACUCUCCCCUGGUGGAGACAUGGACAUGCGCGUCUCGGAUGUUGCAGCCCACGACCCCAGUACCCCUCUCACUGUACCCCGAAGCAACUGGCUAUUGGUCUCAGACACCACACCUCUCUCCGAGGUGCGGUAUGUCCUGUCUGAAUUACGAAAAGAGACCAACCCAGUCACGGUGAUUGGCGUCGUGAAAGACCUAGCCAAUCCCGACAGUUGCAUCGGGGUAAUAGACGCCGAGGAGCUUUGGGGCGAAUGA